GCUGCCUGCGACUGCGUAAUCGUGUAAAGCAUUUUCUCGAUGAAUGGUCAAUGCACCUAAGGAGUAUUUGCAGUCAGCUUUACUGUCAUUGCAAGCCUGAGAUUGCAAAACGUCACUUGGACGGCACGUGGUGUCGAAAAAUGGAAAAUGUCGUCACUCAAACUUUUUGAACUUCGCAAUUUGAGCGUGCAUAAUGAGACGCGAUCAAAGCAGUGCACAAAUGUCUAUAAUAUUUCGUGAUUUGUUUUCAACUAAUCUCGAAACAAUUCAUAUCUUUAUUACAUAGGAUCAAAAUGUAUUUCACCGUUAUAGAAUUAAGAAUUUAGAUUUAUGAAAAUCGAUUCAUGGCUGUGCCUUUAAGAUGAACCAGUCGAUUGCGUUCAAUUCGUUGGCUGUCCCUGAUUAAGCUGGCGCGAGAAACUCUGUUGGUAUAGUAUUUGACAAGCUAGAACGCACGAAGCAGAUUCAACGCUAUCUAGUGGUAGCACACUAAUAGACGGUGGGCAAUGCAUAAAAAAAUGUAUGGAAAAGACGAAGAAACAAGACGAAGGCGACGUAAAGAUACGAGUUGUACCGGAAUCUCGACUUGUCAGACGAUGCAUUAAAUCCCGUUCUUUUUUAUGACGAAAUAUCACAUUUCGUCGUGCAAGCGAAUGAAUACGAGAUCGAGGAAACGUCAGUGGCAUUCGCGCGAAUUUAGAAUGUAAUUAUCAUGAUAUUCAAUAUAUAAAUGUUGCCUGAAGAAGAGGCAAAAAUCAGCAUCAUGACUGAAGGUGCAGAAACUCAACCUAAUGCGGGAAAUGAGUCCCAGACAGAAGCCUUAGAACCAAGGGCAACACAUAGUGAGGGAUUACAUGAGGGAGCAGUGGAAUCAACAUCGCAAACUGCUCUUGAACCUAUGCAAGAGCUUCUUACAGUUCAUGGAACUACGCAGGGAGAAAGCAGUGAUGCUGUCAGUAUUUAUACUGCCAGUACAUCGGUAUCUGGUAAUGAGUCAAGUUCAAGUAGAGUCAGCGCGAUAACCGUGGUGCUGCCUUGGGGUGCUCAGAAGGAGACAGUGAAGGCGCAACAAAUAGGAGACAUGGAUCUAAGACCGGGAGAGUACGUGAUGCGUAUUCUGUUUGCAGAAUUUACAUCGCAGGCGGAGAAGAAAAUGGAAGCCGUUAUGACUGAACAUGAAAAACAAUUAUCAAAAGUUUUACAACGAGGAGAAGAUCCACAAUUUGAUCAACUUUUGUCGGCCUUCGGUUCAGUUGCCGAGCACUGUUUGCCGUCAAUAUUGAAAGCUCUCUUCAAUUGGUACGAACGUCAACUCAUAGAUCAAGGCGGUGAUCAAAAGAAACCUGCUCCUGGAAAAGAAGAUCAAAAAGGAAAAAGCAUUAUGUAUACAAUAGUAUCAGGAAGUGUAGAAACAGUGGAAAGAAGCGAAGGAGACCUCUUGCAAGAGCGCAGAGAUCUUGCUGUUGAAUUUAUAUUUUGUCUAAUGCUGAUUGAGGUUUUGCGUCAAUUACCAUUUCAUCCUGGACAUGAAGAUUUAGUAACUUACAUAGAAAAUAUUGCUUUUAAACAUUUUAAAUAUAGAGAAGGCAUACAAAACGAACCAAAUGCAGCUAAUAUUCAUAUCAUUGCUGAUCUUUAUGCUGAAGUAAUCGGAGUUUUGGCGCAAUCUAGAUUCAUGUCAGUGAGAAAACGUUUUAUGGUAGAACUGAAAGAAUUACGAGCUAAAGAACCAGGCCCUCAUACCACGCAGAGUAUCAUUUCCUUAUUGAUGGGAAUGAAAUUUUUCCGAGUUAAGAUGGUGCCAAUAGAAGAAUUUGAAGCAUCGUUUCAAUUCAUGCAAGAAUGCGCUCAAUAUUUCUUAGAAGUCAAAGAUAAAGAUGUUAAGCAUGCUUUAGCCGGCCUCUUCGUCGAGAUACUUGUUCCUGUUGCUGCUGCUGUGAAAAAUGAAGUAAACGUACCAUGCUUGAAAAAUUUUGUGGAAAUGUUGUAUUCAACGACACUGGACAUGUGUACAAAGUCCAAGCACAGACUGGCACUCUUUCCAUUAGUAACCUGUUUGCUCUGUGUCAGUCAGAAAACGUUCUUUUUACAAAAUUGGCAUUACUUUUUAGCAAUGUGUCUGUCUCACUUGAAGAAUCGCGAUCCAAAAAUGUGUCGAGUCGCUUUAGAGGCUUUGUACCGUUUACUGUGGGUUUAUAUGAUACGAAUUAAGUGCGAAAGCAACUCGGCCACGCAAAGCAGACUGCAGAGCAUAGUGAAUUCGCUGUUUCCCAAAGGAUCGAAGGCGGUAGUGCCGCGAGAUACGCCGCUGAACAUUUUCGUAAAGAUAAUUCAAUUCAUUGCGCAAGAGAGACUGGACUUUGCGAUGCGCGAGAUAGUGUUCGACCUGCUGUCUGUCGGCCGGCCGGUAAAAAUAAUUUUAACUCCCGAACGCAUGAGUAUUGGACUCCGAGCAUUCCUCGUUGUAGCAGACAGUUUGCAGCAGAAGGAAGGCGAACCGCCAAUGCCGCGCACCAUGGGUGUAUUGCCAAGUGGAAACACCAUGCGAGUUAAAAAGACAUUCUUGAAUAAGAUGCUAACAGAGGACACCGCACGAAGCAUAGGAAUGUCUUCAUAUUUUCCACACGUGCGACGAGUGUUUGUGGAUAUCUUACGCGCGUUAGAUGUUCACUAUGGCAGACCUCUCAUGAUGACCAGCACGCAAAAUAUGAACAAGGAGCCGGACGAGAUGAUCACCGGAGAGCGCAAGCCUCGAAUAGACCUAUUUCGAACUUGCGUUGCCGCCGUUCCACGAUUGAUUCCCGAUGGAAUGACCGGAGCAGAGUUAGUUGAUUUGCUGUCUCGUUUGACAGUACACAUGGACGAGGAAUUGCGCGCGUUGGCGUAUCAAAGCUUGCAAACUCUAGUGUUAGAUUUCCCCGAUUGGCGACAGGACGUUGUGCUCGGGUUUACACAGUUUCUCGCGAGAGAUGUGCAAGAUACGUUCACGCAACUUGUCGACAACGGCUUGAGAAUGCUGUUGCAGCUGCUGACUAGUUGGAAGAACGCCUUGACGAGUCCCAGUAUAAGAUCUAAGGAACAAGCAGUGGAUAAUACACGGGUGAAUAUACGAGUGGACGUUGGCAUAAAAAAAUGCGAAUCAGGCCAGAAAGUCGAGCCCGUGUCAAACAUAUUCUAUCUGGUGGAAGGAUUUGCCUUGGUUAUGCUCUGCAAUUGUCGGCUGUAUCCUCGAAGACUGGCUGUUCACAUACUCCGGGAAGUUAAGCUUUUGUUGAAGACUUUAGGAGGACCUGAGGACGAUCAGCCCGUUAUUGACGUAAUUGACGCUUGCUGUCCCGCCGUUUUAGAGAAAUGCUAUCCCAUGUUGCCGGCAGCUGAAAAAGCAGCCGCUGCGUCCACCUCUAACGUGGAUCUGCAAUGGAUCGCGGACAGAAGUAGUUGUGUUUGGACAGCUGGAUUUCACGACGAGAACAGUACCAAGAGUUCCUCCUCGCUCAACUUAAACGGAGCCGAUCCGUGGGCCAGUUGUCUGUUCGCCUUCCUGGAAAAGGACAGAGUGCUCACGUUAUGCCCGAAUGCCGUCGUACACUCCUGGCCUAUUGUCUUCACUCGCAUAAACUCUCUGUUUUCAGUAGUGGAUCCCACCCCGGUAAAUGACAAUCGAGCCUCGUUACUGAGAAGCUCGACGACGGUGAGAAAGCCGGUAAACGAGAGAGAUGUCUAUAUGCAUAUAUGGAAAAACUAUCUGACUUUCGGAUACAGAGUCGUGCCGCCUGUGCCAAAUCCGGUUGUUCGGUGCGCCAGUCCGGAUCUCAGUCUCAGUGGUCAGCAUACGGUGGAGUUUGGUGUGUUGUGCAUGAGUAAGGAGUUGAGUCAGAGCCUGGAGAAUCUCGGCGGGGCGCAGACCCUGCCGGGUCGGUUCUCUGUACCGUCCAUUUCCGGCAUCUACACCCGGCACAAACGUACCAGCUCCUCGCCGGACAGCUUAUCCGCGGAACGCGGCGACAACAAGUCACCGGGCACGAACGCGAGCCCCGCGGCCUUGUACAAGCUGACCGUGCCUCUGCUGAGAUGCGAGGCCGUCGAUGUGAGGGACGCCGCGGUGCAGGCGAUCGGAAAAGUAAACGCCGAUGCACUGAAAGACUUGAUGGAAGAGUUGGUUCCUUACAUCCGGGAGGCGGUCGAUCGGAAGCAGGAGAAUAUGAGACGGCGACGAAGACGCGACGCUCUGAGAUUGCAGCUAGUAAGGGUGUUGGAAUUAAUCGCCGAGUACGGAACAUUUGGUAUCUGUCCUGCAGUGUUGGAUCGCGAAACGCAAUCUUUACAUCCGACAUUCGUCGAGUAUAUAGACGGUGCGCGCAUUUACUUAGAGAAUGAGACUGACAAGGAAGCACCCGCUGUACGAGACAUCAAACUACACUUUUGCAAUUUUAUUAGAAAGAUGAUUAAGAGCUUUUCACUGGAGACGUGUUACACCUUAUUGAAGAGGGAUUUAAGAAGAAACCUAUUCAUGCUCUUUGCUAGUUGGGCCGGUGUUUACGGCAGGCCGCUUACGAGCACAUCGUCUAUGCAAGAGGAGGAAAAGUCUUGUACGGAAUUACAGCUCUCAGCCUUGCAAGCUAUGAGCGGAUUGCUCUGUUGUGGAUCGUGCUUCAAUCCGCAGUCGCUUUCGGAGGAGGGCGCAAUCUUAUAUCAAUGGCUGGAUUUGUUAUUGGCCAGUAAAAACGAAAAAAUUUAUAUGCUCGCACGUGAAACUGUUGUUUUGUUGCUCGAGGGGAACCCCGACAUUGGUAUGCUCUUGGAUUGGGUGGUAGACCGAUGCUACACCGGCGCGCCUCAAGUGGCUGACGGCUGCUUUCUCGCUUUGGCGACAAUUUUCAGCGCCAGAGAAUACCCUUGUGAUCACUACACGAGCGUCAUUAAUGUCACAUUGAUGAACACGGGAUGUCCUCGCGCUCCGGUUCACGAUGCGGCGCUACAGCUUCUUCAAUUGUUGGAUCAACGCUUCUUCGGAAACGUGGGUCCGCUUCCAGCCACGGAACUCGAGACUGGUCACAAUGAUCCUCUUGCAAGUUCCACCGCCACCGUGACUUCCGGGCCCGGUCAACAGAGUAAUCCUGCAGGUGAGAUUUCCUCGGGUGGCACCAUCAGAGGUGGCACAUUGGACGUGCUUUUGUCGACGACUUAUUGCCGCAGUCAGAUGUAUCUCUCGCGUCAACUGGCACAAUUACAUCCGGAGCUCACAAUGCCGAUGUUCAGCGAGAUUACACAUCGGUUCCAAACAGCCCGCAGGGAAGUUCGGCAAUUACUGCUGCAGUAUUUGUUACCCUGGUUGCAUAACAUGGAACUUGUUGAUCCCAACGUGCCACCACCAUCUAAUCCGCUGAGUUAUUAUCAGUAUUAUACGAGCGAUGUGACACGCGGAGGAACGCGCAGAGAAGGCUGGGGCAGCGCGGAAGCGACGGAGAUGGUGCUCAAUAAUCUCUUUUAUAUCACAGCGAAGUUCUCUGACGAGCAUCCUAAAGAGACAGAGGAGCUUUGGGCGACUUUGUGCGGCUGUUGGCCAAACAACCUCAAAGUUAUAAUCCGCUAUUUGAUUAUCGUCUCUGGAAUGGCGCCUCAAGAACUCUUACCAUACGCGAAACGCGUGGUAUUAUAUCUGGCGCGAGCCCGUCCGGAUCGUCUCGUCGACGAAAUGAUGACGGAAUUGGAGACGGUCGAGACUCUCAACUGUCUGAUCGAGCGAACGGAAACGCCACCGUUUUAUCGGCUCACAAGUAUGAGAAAAGCCUCAUCGCACAGCGAUGCACCCGCCGCCGAUCCUGCGAAUCCACCCCGAGAUCUCGGUGUCGAGAAGGGAACGAUUCACACAAAAAGACACUCCGGAGAAGAUCCCGUCAAAACUGGCUCGAAAUCCGAUACCGCGCUCCGAGCGCUUGCGGGGUUUCAAACUCCAAGGACAGAAAAGACAAGGACUGCGAGUGGUCCGCCAGUUCUUCCGGACGAUCUAUCAACUCCGACUACGGAAGCCGAAUUGACUACUGACGAGUCGUGUUACGCUGCACGCAACGUGUCCGUUGGAGUGAACGGAAAAAUGCCGUGCGUCGACGAAAAGUUUGAUAUUCCACAACCGCAUCCUUUACCAAUGCCCGAGUACGGUGGAUAUUUUGCUCCUCUAACUGAGUACUUGCCCGACAGCUCUCAGCCGAUAAGCGGAUUUCACAGAUGCAAUAUCGCUGUGAUGCUGCUCACCGACGUCGUUAUCGAUGGAAUUCAACUCGACUGGGCUAUACACGUCCCUUUGAUGCUGCACAUAGUUUUCCUCGGUUUGGACCACUCGAGACCGCUGGUGCGAGAUCACUGCCGUUGCCUGCUGCUGAAUCUGCUGGUUGUGCUCGGCGAUCAUCGCGAUCAUCUCGGUGUAGCGCGCGUGCUUCUCGCCUCGAAGACGGAACAAUUGGGAUUGGGAUUAUCCACCCCGGCCUUGCCGGUGCUGGACCACAAUUUCACUGAAGUGGAUCCGGAAUUUGAUAGCUAUUUGUACGGCCCUCCUCCGGCCCCGCCGCCUACAACACCACCGCCGGCUUCUUCAUCGCCGCCACCCUCUUCGCCGCCGCCGCCGCCGCCGCCACCGCCGCCGCCACCGCCGCCGCCUAUGCCUCCUGAUUCCUCGGCGAUUCAAUCGGCGCCCCCGCCCCCGCCGCCACCACCCCCGCCGCCGUUACCUUCUUCGGUCGCGGACGGUACACCGACUCAUUCGUCCUUGUCGAAUUCGACGUCAACGCCGCCGAUAUCGAUGAAUCAUGCGAAUCAUUCGGAUGACUACGGAAACUCUCAUGCAUAUGAAUCAGCGGUGUGCAAUGCUUGGUCAGCUUCGAACGGGACGGCGACGAGUGCGGUGCCUCCUGUUAUUGUUACGCCGGAGGACGCGAACAAUUGGACCGGUCCUCAGCCGAUACCGGGUCCCAACAUGCCGAUACAAGACGUUAUUAAGUCCUUGAUUAAUUUUCUCGCGUCUAGGACAAAUCAACCGCUCUGGAAUUACGAGGACAUGACGGCUAAAGUGUGGUGGGUCCGUAGCGCUGAGCAACUCACAGUAUUAUUGCGGCACGUGUUACGUGUCUUUAGAGACUCGCUGCCCCAUGCUUUAGUCAGUCAAAGAUGGGCACAAACAGCGCUGCAAUUGGGUCUUUCCUGCUCAUCAAGACACUACGCGGGAAGAUCUCUGCAAGUUUUCCGAGCGUUGCGUGUUCCUAUAACGUCUAGGAUGCUGUCUGAUAUCUUAUCUAGGCUAGUGGAGACGGUUGCCGAGCAAGGCGAAGAUAUGCAGGGUUAUGUAACAGAGUUGUUACUAACACUGGAAGCGGCUGUCGAUUCUCUUGAAUCGGACUUUAGGCCGCUUGAUUUUAUGAAAGAGAUCUUCAAGUCAACGCCUAAUCUGAACAACAAGGAUCCGGUGUCGGGAAUCGUAAUCGGAGGAAAGCGCAGUCCAGGAGGUGGAAAUGGUUAUCCAGCCGGACCACACAUGUUCUCUCAUUUGAAUCAAGGUGGACAUACAAGAAGCACCAGUUAUUCGGUUAGUUAUUGUAUGAAGAGGUCCAGCGGUGGGAAUUCUGCAGCUAGCGAUAUGAAAGAACUGGAAAACAGAGUCGGCGGUAACAAAUAUCCCAUUUCGAAUCUCCCCAGAUCGAGGUCAGCGCAAUCCUUAAAAUUGCUAGGUGAUUCCGCGACGCAGGAUGACAAGAUGACAAUAUUAGCACAAUUAUUCUGGUUAUCAGUUUCUUUGCUCGAGUCGGAUUACGAGCAUGAGUUCCUUUUGGCGCUGCGACUUUUAAGUCGCGUGUUACACAGAUUACCGCUUGAUCGACCAGAUGCCAGGGACAAGGUUGAAAAGCUGCAGCAGCAACUACGGUGGACCUCGUUUCCUGGUGUACAUGCACUUUUAUUGAAAGGAUGCACCAGUCCGAAUACAUACGAGCCGGUUGUCACGCUGCUCUCCCAAUUUACGCCACUGCUGGAUCUACCAGUAGUCGAUCCUACGCAAAGUCUCGCUUUCCCGAUGAACGUUGUAUCGCUGCUGCCUUACAUGCUGCUGAAUUAUGAAGACGCCAACGAACUUUGCAUCAGAAGCGCCGAAAACAUUGCACAAGUGAGCGCAGAGAAGGGGAAAAAAUUGGAGAAUCUCGGUACAGUCAUGACGCUAUACAGCCGCCGCACUUUCAGCAAGGAAAGCUUCCAAUGGACUAAAUGCGUGGUCAAAUACCUUUACGAUUCGUACGCUCAUCUCAGCUUCAAUAUGCUUGCUUUUCUUGUGGAGGUUCUGGAGAAGGGCCCGAGUAGCGUGGCAUUGCCUGUACUCAGUAUUAUACAUUGCAUGCUGCAUUAUGUGGAUCUGGCCUCUCCAGCUGCGCAACCAAUCAACACCGAACUUUUGAGAGUGAUAUCUAAAUAUGUCGAGGGCACUCAAUGGAAGGAAGCGCUUAAAAUCUUGAAGCUUGUAGUGACAAGAUCAUCGACACUCGUAGCGCCGCCGACGUCGAUGCAUGGUUCGUCCUGGGACUCUUCGCUGGCAUCACCGCAUCCUAGCUUUACCGAUACAGAGAUAUUUACUAAGAAAGAGCUACCGGGAAGGACAAUGGACUUCACAUUUGAUCUAUCACAGACACCAGUGAUCGGUCGACGUUGGUUAAUCCGUCAAGGUAUUGACGAAAAAUCAAUCAGUUCACGACGUUGCUCAUUAUCCUUGUCACCAGCUGACAGUGGCGCAAUCGCUGGUUGGAAGAGGCCUUGGGAUGGUCGUGUCAGAGAGUGCUUAGUGAACUUAUUGACGACGUGUGGACAACGAGUUGGAUUACCAAAGAGCCCAUCGGUCAUAUUCAGUCAAAGUUCGGAUUUGAUGGAAAGACAAUCAUCUAUGGCUUCCUCAACGGAGGAGGUUUCUGGCGCGAAUAACGACUUGAGCGGAGGAUCUAGACGGGACGAUGAACAAUUUGGCGUAUUUAAAGACUUCGACUUUCUUGAAUAUGAGAGCGAAAGUGUCGAGGGUGAGAGCACGGAUAAUUUCAACUGGGGAGUCCGACGUCGUCCUCUUAGCGAAGGAGAGGAGCGAGAACCCAGUUUACGACAGUUCGAGGAAAGUUUGAGCGAGAAGACACCGUCGUCCAGCAAACACACAACACGGCGUGGUGUCGCCGAAGAAUCAUCGGACGACGAAGCGGGAUCGGAAUCACCGUUGGACGAAGUACCGGGUGGCUCUGGAACAAGCCAGGAGGCGAACAGCAUUCCCGGAAUGUUCCCGCCAUCAUCUCUCUCGCUGAUACCUAGUCGCACGCGUCACGAUUCAUCCACAAGGUCUGACACAUCUGGCUCGAGCGCGGGAGACCUCGGAGACGUGACACCCUGCAACGCAUCGCCCAACCUGUCCGCGUUAAUGCCUUUCCGACAGGUCGUACGAGACGAUGCGGAAGAGAUCUGGAGGCAGCAAAUUCAAAGUCUCAUUACUCAAGCUCCGUACAACACUUUGAGCUUUUUCCAAUUGUUGAGCAAAAUUCUGAGAGAUGUGAGCAGCAAAUCUGUCGGUCUCACGCGCGAAGCGAGCGCUCUGCUCAGCAACGGCAGUCCGACUUCGUCUCAUUUGGGCGCCCAUUUAUCUAGUCAUGCCGAACUGCUCAGUUCGAAAGCUGAACCGCCUCUAGUAUGGUUUUCAGUUGCAAUAUUUGCGAAUCAACGACUGAACGAGACGUUGCGCUUCGGAAUGCUGGAGGUACAGGAGCAUCUAGAGACAUUUUUGGAUAGGAAAGAUCACGCUACAGAGUGUUUGGAGGCAGCUAAAGCGACUGCUAAACUUCAGGCGUUGGGCGGCAGUCACACCACAGAAGCGGGCGUUGAAGAGAUGCUACUGGACUUGGGUAGGGCACUUUACAAACUGCACUUCCAACUUCUGCUGUUGAUUGAAGCAUCAAACAAGAUGUUAGGGGCACUAAUGAACGCCGCUAGAAACGUACAAAUUCCCCUGCAAGAUCUGUCUGUCGAAAUUGCCAAUAUGAAGAUAGCAUUAAGCAGAGCGCUCGAAGAGAGCACCGAGAGUGAACGAGGGACGCCCACUCCGACGCCAAGUCCUAGCCCUCUGCCAGGUACCGGAGCUGUGGAGGAAGUCGCCAGAGUCGCCGAACUUUUAAGAAACGCGCGGUGGUGUCCAGCGCUCGAAGCCGUGAGGCUGCACAGAGCACAGUGGCCCGGAGAUCCUUUCCACGACGACGACGAUGUGACGACUGCCGUUAAUAUGUACUGCAAAUAUAUAGGUCAGGAUAGGUCGGAUAUAUUUGUUGUGACGAGAAAGGACGACGAGAUGUCAGAAAUAUUUGGCAGACUGAUGGAGAGCCUGUUCGAAGUUUUGGCGGCUGUGACAGGAUUAGAAGCAUCCACGAAAGCCGCACGCAAUCAGCAUGACCACUCUAAUCACUCCAAAAAUGACUGUUAAUAUAAGCUUUAAUGAUAUAGUAUUACGAAUCGUUCGUUUACACUUAAGCCGAUAUAUAUAUUUCACUGUCAUACGUACGUGUGUAGGUAUCUUGUAUACGAUUGUAGUUGAAUAUAUGUACAUCACGAUAAAGUUACGAAUUGUAAGCAUGACGAGUACAUAGAACAUGCAUAUAAACAAGCUUAUGAUUCUGUUUUUUUUUAUUUUUUUUUUUUUGACACGAAGAAUGUAACGCGAAUUGCUAUUGGUUGUAUAUUUGGUGAAAUAAAUUAUUGAAAUCUUGAA